UAGAAAAACCCACAAUAUUUAUAAACUUCUCAUAAAUUUAUUUUGCAAUAAUUUUAAUGACUGUAAUUCAUUAUCAGUAUAUAUAUUUUUAUAUAUAUUCAUUCAUAUAUUGAUCAAACAAAAAAAACAAGUCAACUUCCUGUCAAGUAAACAAUAAUUUCUAACCAUUUAAUUUCGAAAUUAAAAUCGCUCACCAAUUUACCCUUUUAUUUCAUUAAUUACCAUGGCAUCAACAUCAAAAAAAGGAGGCACGAAAAAAAAAUCAAAGCUUAUUGAUGAGCUGACAGAUGACCAGCGUUCAGAUAUUAAAGAAGCGUUUGAUCUUUUUGAUACCGAUGGGACAGGAAUUAUUGCGACAAAAGAAUUGAAAGUUGUGUUACGAGCACUAGGAUUUGAACCUAAGCGCGAUGAGUUAAAAAAACUCAUUGGAGAAGUUGACCCUGAUAAUGAGGGAGUUAUUUGCUAUGAAGAUUUUCUGACACUGAUGGCUACUAAAAUGGGAGAGAAAGAUAAUAAAGAGGAAAUUUUACGGGCAUUCAAACUUUUUGAUGACGAUGACACUGGGAAAAUAACUUUUAAAAAUUUGAAAAGAGUUGCCAAAGAGUUGGGAGAGAAUUUGACUGAUGAGGAGUUACAGGAAAUGAUUGAUGAGGCUGACCGUGAUGGCGAUGGCGCCAUUUCACCUGAUGAGUUUUUGAGAAUCAUGAAGAAAACUUGUUUGUAUUAAUUUCUUUUUUGUAUUUAUUUAAAUUGCUGCUAAACUACUGGGUUUAUGACCAUUUUUGUAAGGACCUUUUUUGUAGGAAAUUUAAUUCUCUAUAAAAAAGGUCUUUUUCACUUUUUUGAUAUCUUUGAUAUUUUAGCCGGAAUUUUAAUUUUAAAACUAGUGGAUUUGAAAUUUUGAUUAGAUAUGCAAAGAAAAAUGUAUGAGUUUCUUUAAAUGAUGAUUCUGGCUAAAAUAUCAAAUAUAUGAGAAAGUUGAUGAGGAUGUUUUUUGUAGGAAAUUGAAUUCUCUAUAAAAAAAGUCUCUUUCACUUUUUUGAUAUCUUUGAUAUUUUAGCCGGAAUUUUAAUUUUAAAACUAGUGGAUUUGAAAUUUUUACCAGAUAUGCAAAGAAAUAUAUAAGUACUUUUUAAAAUGAUGAUUCUGGCUAAAAUAUCAAAUAUAUGAGAAAAUUGAUAGAGGCUUUUUUUGUAGGAAAUUAAAUUUCCUACAAAAUUAUCUCAGUGAACUUUUGUCGUAUCUUUAAUAGUUUAGCCAUAAU